AUGGAGCUGAUUUCGUCGGCGGAAGGCCGCUUCGUAACAGAUGGCGUGGCGCAAAAUCUGCGCGCGGAUGGGCGCACGCGGGAAGUCUUCCGCCCAUUCAGCCUAGACACUGGAGUUAUCCCGCAGGCAACCGGGUCGGCGAGGCUGCGGCUGGGCGCCACUCACAUACUGGCGUGUGUGAAGGCGGAGAUAGGGUCGCCAGCAGCAGGGCGGCCGUGGGGUGGGCGUAUAGAGCUGUCUGUGGACUGCUCGCCCACUGCCACGCCUGCCUUCCGGGGUAGAGGAGGCGAGGAGCUGUCUCAGGAGCUGACACGUGUGCUAGAGAGAUCAUUUCUUGGGGGCGCAGAUGGCUCAGGAGCGGCGGUGGAGCUAGGGCAGCUGAUGCUGGUGGAGCGCAAGAGCUGCUGGGUGCUGUACCUGGACGCACUCGUGCUCAACAUGGACGGCAACCUCGUUGACGCCCUCUCCAUCGCCUUCAAGGCGGCGUUGAGCAACAGUGUGCUGCCCAAGGUGGAGGUGGUGAUGGGGGAGGGUGAGGACGGGGAGCCGGAGCUAGAGGUGGUGGAUGACCCCGACGAGGGAGUGCCUCUUGACACCUCCUCCACGCCCAUCAUCGUCACCCUCAAUAGAGUACGUCUGAGGCCGGAUGGGAGGAUUGUGAGUGCGACCAAGGGGGGCAAUGCGGGGGUGCACCCGUCAGUGCUCGCUGAGAUGCUUAACACGUCGCACCGGGUAGCCAUGUCAUUACACCGCCAAGUCGAUUCUGCCAUGGCUGCUGCUGCAGGAUCGACUGAAGCAGCAGGACCCCGAGUUCCGUCGUUCGUGAGAUUUUUAUUAAGCUGGAUCUUUCGAGAUCUUCUCGCCCAACGGUCAACAACACCGUCGUUUGAAUAUUCCGAGAGGCAAUCUCUCCGCGACUUAGACGCCCCUUUGGCCGCUCGCUAUAAUCACGCUCUCGCGGUUGUGGAACAAGAUCAAGGGGAUCCCAAGGUGUACGCGGUGGGCGGGCAGAGCAAGGCAGCGCUGCCCCCAGAUGCCUUCGUGGAGAUCUUCCUCCGCGAGGGCGACGGAUGGACCGUCGGAUCGUCGCCUCCUAUCGCCACAGCGGGCAAGAAGCGUGUUGGUCACGCCACAGCAGUGAUUGACAACACGAUCUUCCUUGUGGGAGGCGAAAAGGAAGGCGUUCCUCAGAACGACAUUCUGGAGUUCCACACAGCGUCUGACACGUGGAAGACGUUUGAGGUGGCGGGCACAGCCCCUCCCCCCUUGGCCUUCCACACUGCCACGCCAGUCAACAAGCGCAUUUAUGUUAUUGGAGGCAAGGGGGACAGUGCAGCAACCACCGAAGUCUAUGUAUACGACCCCAAGUCCCGUGCCUGGUCCAAGCCAGAAGUGCGCGGCACGCCCCCCCCCGCCCGCUACGCACACGCAGCCGCACUCGUCGAGCCUCUCCGCAUCGCAAUCUUCGGAGGCAAGCUCUCCGGCUCAUCAGAGAACACACCCGGCCAGAACCAGGACCAGCAGCAGCAGCAACACAAGGCGUGCUCAGACCUCUGGCUUCUCCAAGUGGACGACUCCAAGCCAGAUGCCAUCACAGUGUCAUGGGGCCAGGCGUCCUCUCAGCCGCCAGCCAUGCCCGUUGUCAUCUGCGGCCCCUCAGGCGUGGGCAAGGGGACUCUGAUUAAUAAGCUGAUGGAGGAGUUCCCUGGCAGGUGCGGGUUUUCCGUGAGCCACACGACGCGGGGGCCGCGGCCGGGGGAGGAGGACGGCGUGCAUUAUAACUUCACGACGCGCGAGGUGAUGGAGAAGGAGAUUGCGGAGGGGCGGUUCCUGGAGAAGGCGGACGUGCAUGGGAACCUGUAUGGAACCAGCGUGGCUGCUGUGAAGAAGGUCACGGAUUCUGGCAAGAUGUGCAUACUGGACAUUGACGUGCAGGGCGCACGGCAGGUGAAGGCGUCCCCGGCAUUGGAUGCUGUGUUCAUCUUUGUGGCGCCACCCUCCUUUGAGGAGCUCGAGCGACGGCUCAGAGGCAGGGGCACGGAGACGGAGGAGCAGGUGGAGAAGAGGCUAGGCAACGCGCGCAAGGAGAUGGAGGCGGGCAAGGACGCCACGCUCUUCAACCACACCAUCAUCAACGACAACCUCGAUGCUGCCUACGCCAAACUCAAGGCACUACUUGGGCUGGGAGCCGCAGCAGAGACGGUGACAGGGGGUGCGGCCUGGCCAGCCCCUCGCUCCCAUGCAGCAGCAGCAGCCGUGGCCUCGCGCAUCAUUCUCCAUGGGGGUCUCUCGUCCCGUGGGGCUCCUCUCUCAGAUCUUCACAUCCUCGAUCUGACAAGCCUGUCCGGCGAGCCCCCAGCAGCAGCAACAGGGGUGCGUUGUGUGCCCACACACUCCAUCCCCACUCCUGCCUCUCCCUCCCUCAUCACCAACAUCCUCACCACACUCGGUCUCUCCGAGCCUCCCAACACGGCCGAGAGAAUCUCGGCCAGGUUCGGGCACCGAGCCGUUGUGGUAGGCCCGGGAGAAGUGCUGUUUGUUGGCGGAGCUGCUUCGGAGGAAGGCUCGGCAACGGCCGGCCUGGCUGAGACGGCGUUGCUCUCACUGAAGGGAUUGUCUGCUGUGCAUUAA